AGGAGGACGCGGGAAAAAUGUUUGUUGGUCACCUGAGCUGGGAUACCAGCAAAAAGGACCUAAAGGAUUAUUUUACCAAGUUUGGAGAGGUCGUUGACUGUACAAUAAAAAUGGAUCCCAACACUGGCCGGUCAAGAGGAUUUGGGUUUAUUCUCUUCAAAGAUGCAGCUAGUGUGGAGAAGGUCCUGGACCAGAAGGAGCACAAGCUGGAUGGCCGUGUCAUUGACCCCAAAAAGGCUAUGGCCAUGAAGAAGGAGCCUGUAAAGAAAAUUUUUGUGGGGGGUCUGAAUCCUGAAGCCACUGAGGAGAAAAUCAGAGAGUACUUUGGCGAGUUUGGGGAGAUCGAGGCCAUUGAUCUUCCAAUGGAUCCAAAGUCAAACAAACGACGAGGUUUUGUUUUCAUCACCUUUAAAGAAGAGGAAGAACCUGUGAAGAAGGUUCUAGAGAAAAAGUUCCACACCAUUAGUGGAAGUAAGUGUGAAAUCAAGGUGGCUCUGCCCAGAAAAGUCUAUCAACAGCAGCAGUAUGGCUCUGGGGGCCGUGGAAACCGCAACAGAGGGAACCGAGGCAGUGGUGGUGGCGGUGGAAGUGGAGGAGGUCAGAGUCAGAGUUGGAAUCAGGGCUACGGCAACUACUGGAACCAGGGCUACGGCUACCAGCAGGGCUACGGGCCCGGCUAUGGCGGCUACGACUACUCGCCCUAUGGCUAUUACGGCUACGGCCCCGGAUACGACUACAGUCAGGGUAGUACGAAUUACGGGAAGAGCCAGCGACGUGGUGGCCAUCAGAAUAACUACAAGCCAUACUGAGGCUUCGGCAAGAGUGCCCGUCUGACCGCACACGCUUUGUUUGGAUAUUGAGUGAACACAAACAAUUAUGUACCAAAUUUAACUUGGCAUACUUUCUAUGGCCUGUCCCAUGUGCAUCUUAUUUAAAAUUUCCCCCCUGGAAAUCACUCUCUUGUUUACUAUUUCCAGAGCUCUCGUUGUUUUAGGCAGCGUGUGGUGUCUCAGAGGCCAGAGCGGCUUUGUGGGCUGAUUUUAUUACCGGGUUACCCAGAACCAGGUGGGAGGGUCAGUUUCCUGCUGCCGCUCUGCAUCCUGGACCUGUGGACCCUGGUUGUAAAAAAGUCUAUCUUAGGAAACCAGUGUCACCUUUUUUCACCUUUUAAUUUUAUAUUAUUUGUGUCAUACAUUUCCUGUAAUGGAAGUGUUAAUUUUACUGUACUUUUUGGUACCUUUUGGGAAUCUAAUGUAUUGUAAGGUAUUUUACACGUGUCCUGAUUUUGCCACGACCUGGAUAUUGAAGCUAUCCAAGCUUUUGAAAUAAAAAUGUAAAAACCCCUAA